UUAGCAAACAGUACUUGUACACAUACAUACUGUAAGUCAAUUUUAAUCAAUCAUACAGAGCGAGUCAUGAUACAGUGACGCACUGGUUGUUGCUUAAUAGUCUGUUGUCAUUGAGAGUACAGUAAUAUUUGACAGUGCAGAUUAAAAUCACAUAUUGCCUGCGAUGAAAAUAUAUAUUUUACUGCUGCUGGUCUCUUUCAGCUACUGUUGCCAUGCACAAAUUCAAGUCAUCAGAACUGAGACUGAAGCGAUGGACUUCAUUGUCAAUCAAGGAAACAUUUACCAGGCUAAAGCAGAAGAAUUACAAGCAAUAUUACAAGACUUUGUCUUAGAACCUUUGCUGUAUUCAACAGAAAAACAGUCAGAACCAAAGGGGUAUGGAUUGAAAGAACCAGGCUAUGUUACAAGUAAAGCACCUAAACAAUCUGAAACCACAAAAACUGCAAUAACAGGAAAAAUGACAGUAAAACCUACGACAAUAAUGACAGCGACAAAUGUAACAAUAGAGACUACAAUGAUGACAGUGACAAACACAACCAUGGAUGGUACAACAAUGAUUGUAACUGAAAUAACAGAGGAACCAGCAAGUACUCAGUGCAUCACAGACCUGGAAACAUUUGGAUCGGACAUUUUAGGAGAAGAACAUUACGCUCUGAUGAUGUUAGAUUCAUAUGGUAAGCUCCCACCUGGUAUACUCCAAGGUAAUAUAUUGUGGCUUGGACUUUACGAUCAAUGCUUAAAGCAAUCUAGAGAGGUCGAUGACCAUCAAUCACAUUUUACUGCACAAUACUGUUUAGCUUCAAUUACAAAAGAUAAAAAUCCACAACCUAUUCUUAAUGUUGGAGUAUGUGUUCCUGAUAGCUGCAACAGUGCUGAGUUGAUGGAAUAUUUGAAUGUAAUUGAUGAAUCAAAUAUUACUGUAUCUGUAAUGUGCCAUAAGGAAUUUGAUUAUUCAUCCGGCGCUAUAGCUUGUUUAACAUUGCUAGCGUUUCUGGGUUGUCUAAUACUUGUGGGAACAGCAACUGAAGCAUUCAACAAGUAUAAACAGUUUGAAAUUGAAAAUGAGGGAUUUGACAGGCUGGCAUCCACAAACCAACCAAUAUUGACUGAUAACGAACAGAUCAAAACCGUCCCUGUGAAUGGACAGAUUCGUGUUACAAAAUCUGAUGUGGGUGGGGAGAAUACACAUGGAUUUUUUAUUCAAUUUCUUCUUUGUUUUUCUUUGUUGACUAAUGGUAGUAAGAUUCUGAAGGCCAAACAAGGGGAAGGAAGUCUAGGAGCACUUAAUGGUUUUAGAGUCCUAAGCUUAUGGUGGGUGAUUUUGGGACAUAAUUAUGUAUUCGUUGCGACAAUAUUAAGUAAUCCAUCUAAAAUUCUUGAUGUACUUUCACGAUUCACAUUCCAGGCUAUUGGUAAUGCUACUUUUUCUGUUGAUUCCUUCUUCUUUCUCAGUGGCUUACUCAUAACUUACUUAACGUUAAAGUAUUUGCGAAACAAUAACGGUAAGCUGAACUGGGUGAUGUUCUAUGUCCACAGGUACCUCAGACUGACCCCUGUUUAUAUGCUGGUUAUAUUCAUCUUUACAACCCUAACACCACAUUUUACAACUGGACCAUUAUACUCUUUUGCUUUGGAUCCAAAUCCAGCUCCAGGUGUAGAGAAUCAAUUAACAUAUUGCCAAGAUUACUGGUGGACAAAUUUACUCUAUAUCAACAAUCUCUACCCCUCUAGUAUUGCAGAAGAAUGUCUGGCAUGGGGUUGGUACCUUGCUAAUGAUAUGCAAUUCUUUAUCAUCAGUCCCUUUGUUAUCUAUCUUCUCUAUCACUAUUUCUUUGCUGGGGCAGCUACUUGGUGCAUCCUUCUGCUAACAUGUUUCUCCAGUUUGAUAGGAGAAUCCAUCAAACAUGAUCUUACUACGGAGUCCUUCCCAACGGACCCCACCCAAAUAAAUUUUGUGAGCGAUUCAAUUUAUGUACAACCAUGGACCCGUAUUUCCCCGUACCUUGUUGGUAUGGCUGUGGGAUACAUAUUGUUCAAGUAUAGGGGGCGGGUUCGUAUGUCACUUACUAUGACCAUAUUGGCAUGGGUGACUGCAACUGUGAUUGGUCUUGCAGUUGUUUAUGGUCUCUAUGGCAACUUCCACGGCAACCAUCUCAGUAAAGCUGCUACGGUUGUUUAUAUCACUUUGUGCCGGUUUGCUUGGGCCAUUGCUCUUGCAUGGGUUGUAUUUGCAUGUACCACUGGGUAUGGUGGGCCAGUGAAUUCCCUGCUUUCCUGGUCAGUCUGGAUACCACUUUCCCGCAUCAGUUACUGCGCUUACCUUCUUCAUCCUAUCAUCAUGUUUGUCUUUUAUUUUUCCCUUCCAACUACAGCUUAUUUCUCGGAUUUAUUGAUGGUAUAUUUUUUCCUUGGAAAUCUUGUGAUAUCAUAUGCAGGCGCGUUUGUUUUAUCAGUAUGUGCAGAAGCACCAUUUAUGGCAUUGGAGAAAUUGAUCUUAAAAAGAGACAAGAGUGUGUAAAUUAUAGCCAUAUUUUUAUUCUUUACAUGAAUACACUUACACUUAAGAUAUAUUUUGGAAAAUAAUUAUUCUUAUUUUCUUUGUAUUUCCAAAAAACAUAUUUUUUU